AUGGAAGUCGCCGCCGCCGCCUUGGCCGUGCUGCUGCUGGCCGCGCUCGUAGCAGCGGCUCCGCCUGACAAGUACGACGCGCGCUACGACCACAUGGACGUCGACGCCGUCCUCAGGAACCAGCGCAUCCUCGCCUCGUACAUCAAGUGCAUGCUGGACACCGGCCCGUGCACUCCCGAGGGCAGAGCGCUCCGCAAGCACAUGCCCGAGGCGCUGAGGACGAACUGCGACAAGUGCACGGACGCGCAGAAGAAGAUCGUGCGCAAACUAUCGCUGCAUGUUCGGGAGCACCAGCCCGUCCAGUGGGACCUGCUCAGCAAGAAGUACGACCCGGAGCACCGGUACUACGACAGCUUCGAGAAGUUCCUCGAUGCCGCUGCUUAGCAGCGAGUUCUGCUCGCUAGAACUCAGCAUCGCACUGCCAUUCCCGCUGCACACUGCACACAUCUGACCCAUGUUUGCAUGUACCUGUUACUAGUGGCACACCUGGCUUUACGCUGGCACAUUCUCUCCUUUCUCUCUUGUCGUCCUUUCCAUUGCUCAGCAUUUUAUGCAACAAGAACCUCUACAAAACUGUCCCAUGCACACUUCUCCACCGCCCGCUGCACAUCUCACUUUGUCUCUUACUUCCA